AUGCUUCUAACUUUUCAUACUCAUCGUUCUUGUCAUUUACUCUAUUCGACCGAGCAGUGCGGUGACCGCGUGGACCCCUCCCGCCUCCGUACCACCAGACGCCGCCGCCGUUGUUGUGGAUGGCUUUGUUUCCCUAUUUCCUCCUCUGUCUGUGUGUUCCACCCCGCGUCCACCUGCGUAGAGCAUCUUUUCUUGUUUUCUUUAUUGUGUGGUGGUUUUUUCCCAUCUCCCCUCACAGUAGAAGUCCGUGUACGGUGCGACACGAGCGUGGGGAGAGGGCACACACACACACACACACACACCGAAGGCGAAGGCGAAGGACGAAACAGGCGUUAUUGGUCGCAUCUUCGGGUCUUUGAGGUCGGUGGUGGUCCGAUCGAGAAUCGUCGUUUUCUAGUUUAUCCAAAAUGA